ACUUCUGGGUGACGUCACGGGCCCCAAGCCCCUCGGCUUCCAGAGCGAACUGAGCGCGCGAGAAUGGAGGUCGCCAGCCAAGCCCUGGGCCCCUUGGUCACCGAGCUGUAUGACGUGCAGGCUUUCAAGUUCGGGAGCUUCGUCCUGAAGAGCGGGCUCUCCUCCCCAGUCUACAUCGACCUGCGGGGCAUCGUGUCACGCCCGCGUCUUCUCAGUCAGGUCGCAGACAUUUUAUUCCAGACUGCCAAAAAUGCGGGGAUCAGUUUUGACAGUGUGUGUGGAGUUCCUUAUACAGCUUUACCACUGGCGACAGUUAUCUGCUCAGCCAAUCACAUUCCCAUGCUCAUUAGGAGGAAGGAAACAAAGGAUUAUGGUACCAAGCGCCUUGUAGAAGGAGAGAUUAAUCCGGGGCAGACCUGUCUGGUCAUUGAGGACGUGGUCACCAGCGGAGCCAGUGUUUUGGAGACUGUGGAAGUUCUUCAGAAGGAGGGUCUAAAGGUAACGGACGCCAUCGUGCUGUUGGACCGGGAGCAGGGAGGCAAGGACAAGCUGCAGGCCCAGGGGAUCCGCCUCCACGCUGUGUGCACGCUCUCCCAAAUGCUGGAGAUUCUCCAGCAGCAGGAAAAGAUCGACACUGACAUGGUCGGGAGAGUGAAGAGGUUCAUUCAGGAGAACGUUUUCUCAGCAGCUAAUCGUAAUGGUCUUCCCCCUCCUGAGAAGAAAGCGUGCAAAGAACUCAGCUUUGGUGCUCGAGCUGAGCUGCCUGGAACCCACCCGCUUGCCUCAAAGCUGCUCCGGCUCAUGCAGAAGAAGGAGACCAAUCUGUGCCUGUCUGCCGAUGUGUCGGAGGCCAGGGAGCUGCUGCAGCUCGCAGAUGCCUUGGGGCCCAGCAUCUGCAUGCUCAAAACUCAUGUCGAUAUUCUGAAUGACUUUACUCUGGAUGUGAUGGAGGAGUUGACAGCCCUGGCAAAACGCCACGAGUUCUUAAUAUUUGAAGACAGGAAAUUUGCUGAUAUAGGAAACACAGUUAAAAAGCAGUAUGAAGGUGGCAUCUUUAAAAUAGCUUCGUGGGCAGAUGUAGUGAAUGCCCACGUGGUGCCAGGCUCAGGAGUUGUGAAAGGCUUACAGGAAGUGGGUCUGCCUUUACAUCGAGCCUGCCUGCUCAUUGCAGAAAUGAGCUCUGCUGGCUCCUUGGCCACUGGAAACUACACCAAGGCAGCAGUCGGGAUGGCUGAGGAGCACUGUGGAUUUGUCAUUGGCUUCAUUUCUGGCUCCCGAGUAAGCAUGAAACCCGAGUUUCUUCACUUGACCCCAGGAGUUCAGUUAUUAGAAACAGGAGGGGAUCACCUUGGCCAGCAGUACAAUAGUCCCCAAGAAGUGAUCGGGAAACGCGGUUCUGAUGUCAUCAUUGUAGGCCGGGGAAUACUUGCAGCGGCUAACCGCCUAGAAGCAGCUGAGAUGUACAGGAAGGCUGCCUGGGAGGCGUAUCUGAGUAGGCUUGCUGUUCAGUGAGACAGAAGACACUGGAAAUGGGUGGUGUCCCAAAAGCCGCUGGCUUCAGAGACCAGUGCUCAGGGCCUUGCACAGGGUCAGUGAAGAGAGACUGCAGCAUUGUACCGUGGUCGUUAACUUGUAAUCACUGCAUUGGUACUGUAAUGAGCAGCUCUUCUGAAAGCUUUCAUCAAGACUGGUAUUUGUUCGGCAGCUGCCACCUUUCGAUUCCUUGGGCUAUACUGCUUAAUUCUUUUAGUUCCAGUGUGACUCAGUCACACUCAUCUAAUGUUAGCCGCUUACCUCCUUCAGUGCCAUGAAGCUGGAUCCUUGAGUGGAGCAGGAGUUCUAGUUCAUUCUACUCAGCAGUCAGUGUAGAAGUCAGGCACAGCUUCCUCUUGCCACCUCUGUAACUAAGAGAACAGCAGUACCCGUUCCCCACUGUCAUUGUGUGUUUGCUAAUGGCCUGGGGGCUCUUAGUGAAUGGCUCGGUGGUUAAGAGCACUGUUCCUCUUAUGUAGGAUCAGCAUGUGUUCCUAGCACCCACAUUGUGUCUCAAAACCAUCUGUAACUCCCAUUCCAGGGGAUCCAGUUUCCUCUUGUAGCUUCCAGGGGCUACGUGUAUGUGAUACAAUGUACCUUUACUUUACAAAGACAGUCUUUGCCAGUGCUAAAAGGGAAAAUUUUAGUACAGAAAUACUUGCUCACAGACUGAGAAAUUGGGUGCCUCCUGCAGUGUGAUCUGACCGCUGUUUAACACAUAGAACUUAGCUGUGUCCAUUGCAAGUGGAAUUCACAGCCCCCGUAAACUUGAACCAGUUGCCCCUGUGGUCCUCAUGCUUACUGAGCAAAGCACCACCACCCUAGUUUCUGCCCUCCACACAUCAUCAGUGGUACCUUAAGCCUUAUUCCUGCCCAAAGGAAAGAUCCUUUAGCACUCACAGAUAGCUGUAAAUAGUCUAGACUUGAGAUAAUUGGGGAGCACCAGACAGAAUGGUCUGAGAGUAUGUCGCCUGCUAACUUCCUUAGCACUGAGUCAGUACAGCACCCGGUCUGCACAUCUAUAAGAUUCGCAACUGCACACACUCAGCAAGUAAUGGUGCAUCCUAUAGUAAAGUGGAAUCAAAGUAGCUAUAGCACGUGCUUGAAGGAGUCUGACUGCAGCAUGGUCCCAUCAAGUAAAAGCAUAAUAGGCAUGAGCCUCAGGUGGGUUUGAACUAAUGUCUGAGAAAAGCUGUCAGGAGCUAAUGGAACUUCCCUUCUAGGCUUUAGCUUAGUCUUAGUCUCCAACAGCUAUGUGGUUCCAGGAAUCCAAAGUCCAGGAGUUGUAAGAUGCAGACUUAAACUGAGACCCUGAAGUUAGGUGCACACACGCUCUUUAGAGCAGGCUUUUAGGAACCAAAAGGAAAAAUGCAUUAGGUUCUGCACUGUUAGAUCAGUAUUUGGGGAAAUAGGAAACAAAGUCCUCGUGAGGACGACUUACUGUAUCUAUUCCACCCAUUAAAACUAACUACAGUGCCCUUGGCCAAAUCAGUUCAUCCAAAAUAAUGUUAAAUGCUGUCUGCUUUUCCAGAUGGCUGGGCAUGGCAGUUUCAUAAUUAACAGCUACAUAAUUUACCCAAGAAAAUGGUUUUGUCACUA